GAUUGGCCGACAUAUGGGAGAAUGGAUGGGAACUUUACUUUUUUGGAUACAGGGAUGGGAACUUUACUUGGGUUUUAGCAAAAACAGCUUAUUUUGAAAAGUUGUUGGCACAGUGAUAUACACUAUAUAUAUUUAGAAGUGCUUUGAACCAUUGUAACCUAUAAAUCUUGGUUUGGCUUUUCUUGCUUCAUUGUUUUAGCUUAAGUUCACCAUACUCCUAAGCUUCACUUAUAAACUAGCCAUGUCUUCUAGUUUGACCAAGAGUGCAAGCACUUCAAGUACUGAUGAAGACACUGAACUUAGAAAGGGGCCAUGGACUCUCGAAGAAGACACUCUUCUCAUUCAUUACAUUUCUUGCCAUGGCGAAGGCCGUUGGAAUCUCCUUUCAAAGCGUUCUGGUUUAAAGAGAACAGGCAAGAGUUGUAGGUUGAGAUGGCUGAAUUAUCUUAAACCAGACAUUAAGCGUGGAAACCUAACCCCUCAUGAACAACUCUUGAUUCUUGAUCUCCAUUCCAAGUGGGGCAACAGGUGGUCAAAGAUUGCACAACAUUUACCGGGAAGAACAGACAAUGAAAUCAAGAACUACUGGAGAACUCGGGUGCAGAAACAAGCGCGGCACCUGAAGAUUGAUUCAAAUAGUGCCGCGUUUCAAGAAAUUAUUCAAUGCUUUUGGAUGCCACGACUGCUUCGAAAGAUCCAAGGAUCUCCUUCAUCAGUCAUGUUAUCCCAAAACUCGGCUACUACACAGACUCUAAUCAACCAUUCAUCGUUGCUGCCUCAAGUUUCUCCUAAUAAAGGACAUGUUCAUACAAGUGAAAAAACCAAGAGUCCAAGUAUUGAUUAUUUAGAAUCCAUGAGUGACUCACAUAUACCACAAAUUUUGGAAUACCCAACAAGUGAUUACAACACAGUUGCGAAGGGUUGUUACAAUGUUGACAACAUUGGCUAUGAUAUGGAAGCUUUUAGCUUAGCAUCUAUGGUGGCACCGGGCGACUUUGAAGAUUCAAUGGGCGGUAGCCAGGUGGCCGAAAACAAUUGGGUUGGCAGUGCCGCCUUGGCGGAUAGCUUGUGGAACAUUGUGGAUGAAUCAUGGGUCGUUUUAUAACUAUAGGGUUUUAAUAUUGGCGAGUGUGUAUUAAAAUUUUGAAUAAAUACAACUGAUAUAAUAACUGUAUCACUGAUAUUAUUAUUUAAAACGAUGUUACAACGUAGGGCCAUUGAACAUGGGAAUAACAUACCAUUAAAGUCUUAUUGUA